AUGAAUGAAAAGGAAGGAGCUACAGACAUGAGUGUUUUAUAUGCCUUGUUGAUGAGGGUAUCUAGAGCCUUUUUUAAUACACAACAAAUAGUAGUGUUAGAUCAACUUAUGAGACAAGAGGAAAUAAGUGACGAAAAUUUAGCAAAAAAUGUUGGACUCACAGUCAAAGAGAUCCAUAGGCUUUGCGGAACUUUGAAAGAAGCAUGCCUUAUUAAAACUUCAACAAUUACCGAACCUAAAAAAUCCGAACAACAACAACGUACAAUUCCUAGAACUUGUUAUUAUAUAGACUGGCAACAAGAGUUGGAGAAUAAAGGAUAUUUAUGUACAGGAUGCAAGAAAACAUUCACACCACUUGAAAUACGUGAACUAUUUGAUCAAUAUUUACAUGUUUUUCUAUGUGAUGUAUGUGGUACUGAAUUGAUACAUAAUGAUAAUGCCGAAAAUGUUAAAGAAACUGAAAAACUUCAUGGAAGGUUUAUGGAGCAAAGUCAACCUAUAAUUGAUUUAUUGAAAAAAAUCGAUAAAUUAAAAAUCCCUGCGAGUACUUUUCCAAGAGGACCAAAUUCUAAAGGUUCAGGAUCAGGCUCUACACAGGACCAAGAUAUGCAAAAUUCACAAAAUGGUAAUUUACAAACUGGUGAUUUCCAUGUGGUCUUAAAAUCAGACAAUGAAGCUUCAAAGGCGGAAAGACAAGCAGAGCUUGAAAAGAAACGUCAACAGAAUGAACUUCCAAUUUGGCACGUUGUUAGCACAGUAUCAGGCGAAGUGAUGAUUUCAAAUAAUAAUAAAGUGGAAAUUCAAGAAGAUGACGAUCAAAAGAAUGAAAUUGGAAGAAAUCAAGUGUCAAGUGAAUUUAUUGAGGAAGUUGAAGAUGGUAUAGAAGAUAUGUAUUUGUCGCCGGAAGUACCGAAUAUUAGUAAAAAUAUCAUCGAGGAAGAAGAGUUCGAAGAAUUUGAUAUAAUAGAAAUUGAAAAUAGAAGAACAAUAUUAUGGAAAUGGUAA